AGAAUCAAAGUUCUCACACAACUUUUGAGUUUUUUCUUUCCACCCACCCACCCCCGUGGUUGCCCACCACGACAGGGAUCCUUGGGUUUAACCAAUUCAACUACCCUUGUUUGCCACUUCGUUAGUAGUGCUACCUAUUAGAAAAAAUGGAAAAAGAGGAAAUCGCCAAGUCCAGUGCACCAUCGUCCCCUGACGUUGUAGGGAGUAAGUUUGGCAGCGAGACGCUGCGCGGGGUGAAUAGAUAAGAUGUUGGAGGUCCAUCGCGAGUUUGGAGGGUGGAAUCAGGUCUCAGCUAAUGCAUCUCUCUCGGACUCUUUGCACCUCUCGAUUCUUCAAUUUUCUCGUGUAAGUUAACGUAGACUGAGCAUGUCAGGUUUUAAAGUCUCAGCUUUUGUGCUGCCUCCGCUACUCAGCAGCACAGGAGGGCGUGCUUGUCAGCAUCGUCAAGUGCAGAGGGUAUUAUUCACUUCGCAUUGCGGGCGAGUCUUUCCCCUUUCUUUCCCUCGUGGUUGCUGUUGUUUGAAGCCGCCUCAUGCGUCCACAUCAUGUCUCCUCUGCUCCUGUUCUUCCUUUCCCUAUUACUUUGAAACCUUCCUCUCUCCCCCCCCCCUCCUCUCUCUUUCUGUCUACACACGCACACAUGCCUGCACACUAAGCAGGAGCCACAGCGCCCAAAAUACACAGAAACGUGUACGCGCACUCGUCACUGUCUGCGCUUUUCGUGGUGGUUUAUUAUUAUUAUUUGCUCACAACGAAACUCCUCCUCAAGUUCUACUGUGCGGCACAACCCUGCUCCUCGGCGGCGGGCGUCCCUGUUAGACGACUGUUCCACUGCCUCAUUUGUUUUUUUUUAUUAUUUCUUUUUUUUUCUUCUCUACCCACGCUGCUGACGCAACGUGCUUCCCCACAAAAAACAAGUUAUAUAUCUGUUGCGGAUGAAAAGUUACUGUAUCGCACUGUGACUUACUUUACCUUUUAUCUAUUCCUAUUGCUAUUGUUGCUGAUUUGGGGCGUUUGCGUUGCUCUAUCGCAAGCGCCAUCCUUCUUCUUUGCUCUUUAUAAUCAUUUCUGCUGUUUUCCUCGAUUGUUUGUUUCUGUUGUUGUUUCUGAGUAUCUGCUUCAUUACCACUUUAGUACUUCGGUUUCUCCUAUAUCAAAAUAUAUAUAUUUGUAGUUUUAUUGUAGUGCCUUCCUCUUUCUCUUUCUCUGUCUUCUAUGUACUUUUGUUGACGCACCUCACACUUUAUAUUUACAAUCGAGUCCUUCCCGGACAUCGAAGCUGCGCGGCUUGCAAACAGCGUACACGGUCAACGAAAGAGUGAACGAAGGAGGAAAAAGAAUAGAUACUUAGGUAUGCCUUCGGGUAGAAGGGAGAGCAAGUGGAGUUCACGCCAGGAACGCCGAACCCCCCUGCCACAAUCACUCACAAGUCCAACCGCUCACGGCUCAGACAACUUCGCAAGCAACAUUGGGAUCGAAAGCACCAGCGCCGCAGCGCUUCCUUCAGCAUCAUCAUCAGCCAAGUGGAAGCAGUUCGAACGGGCAACGUCACCUAUUGGUGACGUGGACGGGGACGAAGAAAUGGGUCACAGCGGCGGCAACAACACCAACGGCGCGACCAGCGCGUCGCCACCGGUGUCGCACUGGUCGAGCUCGGACGGGUCUGCGCUGCAGUCGGCAGCACCGCCCGUGGCGCCUCUUUUCGCCAUUCCGGAGGUGCUGCUGAACAGCAACAACACCAACCACGGCACGAUGACGCCGCACCACAGCGUGGACCGUUGCACGAAGCAUCACGAUGCCACGGGGGACAGAGUGAUCUCCUGCAGUGAAAGAAACGGCGUGGAGUGCGACGAUACGACGUUGGUGAUGACCGCAGAUGUCGCCGAAACCGCGGUGGACUCUCCUGGGGAACUCUUUUACGUCCAGCUCGAUCCCGACUCGCAGUUGGUGACAGGGGUGCUGCCGGCGAUGGAGCAGCUGCACGUCCAGCUCACGCAGCUGCGCCGUGUGCUUCGGCAGAGCGGCGCCGUUCUGCACUCCCUGCGCGAACGGGCCCGCAGCACCGGCGACGACGUGUGCGAGUUAUACGCGGCACCGUCUUUCGCGUCGCAGACACGACGGCGCAGUUCUGAGGGCAGUCGCCCCGCCACCUCACCGAUGAGUUACCUGACGUCAACGCGCACCAGUGCGAGGGCACCACUUAUUGCCGCAGCAGAGCGCUCCCGCCUCUCACCUUGGUUUGCACCGCACCGCCGAUCCGACAGCGUCUUGUCUUGCUCGCCCGUUAUUGUUUCUGCGGUGUACUCGCGGCGCCGCGGCGACGGCGAUAACGACGAGGAUUCGGAGUGGUGCGACGCCGCUACCAUCCACACGUCGAGCUCGACUACUGCGCAGAGCACCCCCUCGCUGCAUCCGAUGCUGAUGCCGCCCCCACAAUUACAGCUGUUGGAGGAGGACGAGCUGAACGACGACGGCCGUGGCAGCCGCCGGUCGGACGUGACAGGCGUCCGCCGCACCUACGUGGCACGCUGCCGCCCCGACUCGGUGCCAUCCUCCUUGCACACCACGCCCAACAUGCAGCCGGCGAACGGCUCCUACGCCCGCAGCGACGGCGGUGGUGUACUGUGCCUCCCGCCGUCGACGUUGUCGCUUGCCGCUCGCAGUGAGCGGAAGCAGCAGCAACAGCAAAAGCAGAAACCGCAGCACUCCGCGCGAAAUCGCAUGCCCUCGCCGACCGUAGCGUCGCCCAGUGGCUCCGUCAUGUCUCGCUUCGAGAACUCGCCGCUGCUGCCGCUGACGGACAACUCGACGCGUCUCUUUGACCAUCGUGACGCAGCGCCAUCGGACGCUGGGGGGAGCGGUCGACUGAGUGAGGCGGAAAAGACGGAGUUGGCCCGGCUGAGUCAGCACGUGGCGGAGCUGUACCGCCGGCGCGGUCUUCUGCUGCAGAAGGCAGACCGCAUUUUGUGCCAGCACGCGCAGCAGCACGAGCGGUGGGAAGGCAACGAGGAGCGACGUGGCUGCUACCGCUGCCGCCGCCUCUUCUCGCGACUCACCCGUCGACAUCACUGCCGUCGCUGCGGGCGGUUGUGCUGCGCCGAGUGCAGUCGCUACGUCGGCAAGAAGCAAGACACCUCGUACGUGGCACCAGUCAGCUCCGCGCGCGGCCCCAGCGCGGCGAUGGCGCAUCGCGUCAUCAUCAAGUCGGAGUACACCGCCCGCAUGACGGCUGACGACCCGCACGUUCUGGCGGAGGAAAGCUUCGACGAGCACACUUACCCACCUCGCGGUGUCAGUGUCAGUGCCUUGUCGCCUGCUGUAGCUGCUGCUGCGCCACAACCCAACGUCGCGGAGGAGGAGAACGCGACGGCGGCUCCCAAUGAGGACGAACAGCAGCUGCACGACGCGCCUUUCGCUGAUUCGGCUACCUCAACGGACAGCCGCGUCGGCCGCUCGCGACAGCACAAGUGGGUGCGUCUGUGUGCACCGUGCUACCAGAACUGCCUCCGUGCCCGUCGCAACAACGUCCUGCAGUACCUCAAGAACGCAAACCUGUGCAUUCUUGACGACGGCUACUACUACUACCACGUCAUGACGAAAGACGAGCUGUGUCAGCUGUCCACCGCGCUCAGCAAGCCCGACUCGUUCAAGAAGCAGGUGGAACUCAUGUCGCACGUCGUGAUGGAGCGCUCGGUGGACUACGUGGCCGCCGCGCCGGCCUACAGCGCCCAAACGCUCGCCACCGCCAUGCAGCACACGCCAGACGUGCUGCGCACCCUCGGCGGCAUCAGCGCCUACGCGUUCCGCUCCGCCCGGCAGACGGCUAACGACUACGUCGGCGGCUACUUCACGGCCAGUCGAACCAUUCUGCCGGACAACCCUGUCGGCGCCGCCACUGCCGCGCUGCUGUCCCAGGCCGACGUGUACGGCUCGGAGCGUCGCAACACAGGCGACGAGGAGUGCAGCGAGGCCUCGGUGGAAUCCCUCGAUGACACGUGCAGCGAGACGCAGUCGCCAUCGUCUCCGGGGACGGGGACGGAGCAGGCAGACGAGGAAGACGAGGCCAAGGCGACGGCUUUCUACGGCGAAAUUAAGGGCGAUGAAGAAGCGGCAGCGCAGGGAGAAAAUUGCGCGUGA